GCGCUACAAUUACAUUUCUAUAACGGGCCCAUGGCACAAUUUCAUACGGUCAUCACAGUUCAUCCGCAACGAUAAUAUAUCCCGUUUGCUGUUUCUUAUUAUAAAUCGGAACGGGUUGGAAAACUUGCGCAUCCUUUUCCGAGCCAAGCCAUCGUAUAACCAAGGAAAUAAAGCCACGACGUAGAUAGGCCAACCGUUGAUAUCGUGACGAGAGAAAUAUUAUUACGGUACUAUAUGUAUGGAUCUUAUACACCAGAUCUGCACCGCCUACACAUACAUUUCACUUUUCAUUCCCCUGGUGAUAUUAGACCCUCUUGAUCGAUAAAACCAGGGUUUACAGAUGAUAGCGUGUGUUUCUAGUUCUCCGAUGCGAAAACUCGUUGAAAUAAAUGAAACAACUAUACACACAACAAUCGCGAUACAGUUAGUUCUAUACCUGCACCAUUUUAAACUGCAGGUAAUUCGUCAAAAAUUGUGAAUGAUGUCGAAUGAGGGAUGAAACUGUAUUCUCUACUUUGCAUGGAGUAAUUGCGUUACCAGAGAUUAUGAUAAUUUUCAUCCGUGUUUCAUACCUCCACAAAAACACCGGAUACAUCUGCGUAACUUUCCGGACUUGUGAAUUAUUCGUUCGAAAGAUUCAUCCGUCUUCACUAUCAAAUAAAUAAGCUUCACGAAUGGAUAAAAUCCGCAGCUGCGCCGCGCUGGGUCGUCAAUAAACCCGUAAUCUUAUAGUGAUCUUAUUCGAUGUUGAAAAUCCUGAAAAUACGUAAAUCGUUCAUGCACUCCAUGUACGUUAUAAGGACAACGCCGAAUCGUUUGCGAUACACAUGAGAAGGAUUCAAACUGACAGCGACACCCGCAGGGAUACAAGUUAGGGUGAUUUCCCAAUCAUCCUUAUUUCGUCGGGCUCUGCUAAUGCUGCAUGUGAAAAUGUCUUUCGAAUUUAUUGAGUUACUUUUCUACAUUGAGUGAUAUUUAAAAUCUAACGAAAAAUUUUCAGUCUCUCACUGUUUCUGCUGAAACCAUUGAGCUCGUAUGCAAUCUUUCUUCUUUUUACUCGAAACUGAUGGUAACUACGCCGCACACGUUGAUUACGUAAGCCUCGUCCGGAUAACCAGAUUACGCGGAUUUCCAGGCGUUCGUUGGUCGUGGCGGUGCAGACGAUCGAAAGUGUUUCUCUCGAUUACCUUCGUUAACAUGGUUUUGGUCAUUAAUGUCACACGGACCUGUUACCCGAUUCAUUGCUUAUUUUCUUGCUACGUCCCGAAGAGUGACCGAUUGUCAGCGAAAGUACUACAGGCAUGUGACGGUCAGGUCUGCAGAUGUCUGUUCGACGGGUCGUUUAUCAACGAUCGAAUUGAACGGUUGAUAAAUGAAUUUAUACGCGUUUGUGCCCAUAUAACGCGGUACGAGCAAUCGCGAUUAUCUGCCAAAGAUAACGCGAAGUUUUGACAUUAAAAAAAAAUGGAAAAGCUUAUAGCGUAGGUGGCUUACAAUUAGAUGUACUGACACGUUCUACUGAAACGAUGGCGCAUGUACUAUGAGUUUCCAUAUGCUGGCUUUGAGGUCAAUUGUUCGAACAAUAGAUACAUAAAUUCUUUCGUAAUUUUUUUCUUUUUUUUUUUUGGUUGUAUUUCUUUACGAACAUAUUAACGAAUCCUCAUUUUGACUGUGAGCGCAAUCGAUUCUAAUUAUUUGUCGAUGUUAAUUUAAUGCGUGAGGCGUAGUAUUUUGUUCGGAGGUGACUUGAGCCAGUCAACUCGGUGUCCAUCGGAACGGAAAUGACGCGGCGAUUGCAAAGAAUUAUUUAUCGGCAUCAAGCAGUUUAACUAACUCCCAGCGUCACGCUCUAAAUUAGUUCGUUGUAUUAGUCCGUUUAAUCGCGACCGGGAUGCGAAACGUACUUCUUCUACCUGUGACCAUUGUGACGUGUGCUUUAGCAAAUGUUUGCAGCAACAAUGGUGCCAGAGGAUCAACAACAGUUUGUCGUAACGCGAGUCUCGAAAACCUCAUGGAAAUACCAAGGUACACGUACAGAAUUAAGUUUGCCGACAGUUCGAACAUCAAAAAUAUACCGGAAAAUUCAUUUGCCGAGUAUUACGAGCUGAAAUCACUGAGCAUCGUUAAUUGCUCGGUGGACAACGUGGAGAGUUUUGCCUUCAGAAGUCUCUCGAAAUUGAAGACUCUGAAUUUAUCGAGGAACGCUUUGACGUAUAUCAAAGAGAACGUGUUUUCUGGAUUGAGGAGUUUGGAAAAACUCGACCUCACCCACAACAUGAUAGCGAUCAUUGAAGAGGGAAGCUUCCGCAACGUGUCGAACAUCGGACUAUUGGAUUUACGACACAACAAUCUUACGCGUAUAUUCGUUACCGUACUACGACCACUUUCCAAAGCGUCAACUCUCGAUCUACGAUUCAAUAACCUGCGAUGUGUUUCCCUGGAGAAAUUCGAAGUAACUAGAUUGAAGUGGUUCUACAUUGGCGAUAAUCCAUGGGACGAGGGAUGCUGGGCUAAUUUAACUCAAUUUCUCUACAACAGCGGUGUUUACUACGGUAAAAAUCAAGCGUUUGAUACGCUCACGGAAGACAGGCUAUCUUGGAACGCCUCUUAUCAAGGAGGUCGUGAUCUGCUGUCGGAGCAUCAAGCGGAAGAGGAAGCUAGUAUAGUAAAAGAAGCUGAGGGAUGGAAGGAAUUCUACGAAACAAUAGUCCGAGAAAUUGCGGAGGAACGUCAAAGAAUCGAAGACCUAGCCAUGGCUGCCAAGGAAGCGAAAGAAUCCGAAGAAAUAUUAUUACAACAAAACAACGAGCGGAAGAACAAAUCAGGAUUUCUUCAAUUUGGAAGAGACUUGAUCAUGUGGAUUCUGAGUGUGUGCAGAAUAUUUCCUAUCUUUUCAAUAGGCAGUGAGACUGAGGAAUAGUUCGUACGUUGUAUUUUAUUCUAUUUUCUAUUCUUUUGUUACAAUCGCUUUUUUAUUUCUGCACAUGCACGCAUGCAUCACCGUUACGUGGAUUGAUUGCAUCUUUUUUCUAACCGUGAGGAAGGAAAAAAUAGAUUAUGAUAUUAUUCAAGUUUACAUCAGUGGCUCUUAGUCGAGAAAAGCAGAAUAAUCCCGUACGAUGAAUUAUACAUAAAUAUUAAUUGUCAAAAUCGUAAUCGAAUCGUAUCCUGGUUGGUCUGUAUCGUGCAGGGAUAAAAGCUGUCAGCCUCCGCGCGGAUUCUCUCAACGACUAUAUUCCUAUUGAUGAAUGAAAGCAUCGUGAUUCUCAUUGUUCGUUCAACUGCGUCAAGGAGUUCCUCAUUACGAGCCUUGUAUUAACAAGCCCAACUUAUUGCGCCGGCGAAGGUGAUCUAAUACAAAUUUGAAAUUCGAGUGAAUGCGGCGCAGUCGUACCUCGAUCAAAUAAACGAACGUUGAACGUAAUUAAAUCUUGUGAGCCUGCUCGGAGGAUGGAUGUUAUCGAAUACCAGUGUGAUAUUGUAUUAACGUAAAUAUAAAUACUUGUACACACUAUGAAUAACUGUACGUAUUUCUAGUUAUACGUGUGAGACGGCGUUUAUAUGUACAAUAUAUUUGUAUAAGCACGCAGAAAUAAUCGGAAAAAUGUGUCCCAUAUACUUGAAGGAAAUUGAAUGUUCUAUUUAAACCGUUGUGAAUGGAAUUAUAGGCUAAUUGGAACACGGACCUGGGAAUACGUGAUCGGUAUGUUAAGUUAAGUUAUGCGAAUAUCUAUCAAAGAAUUCCUCUAUCGAUUGUACUCCGAUAUCCUGAGAAUAUAACUGUCACGCGAAUGUAAAUUACCAUUCUUGAAUCACACUCGAUUUCCUCUUUGUAUGUCACGAGGUUUUUGAACCGAAAUUGUGUAAAUUAGAAUCAUCGCCAGGAGGUCAGUGACAAUUAACUUUUUUCGCUCUAUCCAUUAUACUGCGGUAUGAUUAUUCAAUACUUUUAGACUAUAUAUAGUCUCUAAAUCAUAUGCGUAACCGUACACAACCAUUGAGAACCAAUUACCAGACGGAUAAAAACUGUGUGGAGUUCAAAGGAAACUUUUUGUCAAAACGUAAGGACUCGCCCACGCCUGAAACAAGAAUAUAUAAUAGAGAAAAGAAAGAAAAAGGGGGAAAAAGAAGAAGUGCAAAAAAAGAAGGGAGUAAAGAAGGUGGGUAUCCUUUAAAAUGAAAAGUCAGAAAACAGAUUGUAUGUACGCCUUAUGCGAAGGGAAAUGAUAUUUAUUAGUUAGAAGCCGUCGCGUCGACACGAACCCGACAGGUCAACCGAUUUAAAUUGUAAUAUUUUAGAACUUACCCAAUUACAUAUCGUGCGUUACACCUC